CAGCAGCAGAACAUCGCACAGCUGUGUUUUAUUUCUCUGUAAAGCAGUACCUAUCACAGCAGCUGCUCGGGAUUGUUUGAUGCUUUCUUGUGCAGCACGGUGAGGCUGACUGCAGACUGAGAGUCGCCCGGUCUGCCCAUCCGAGAUGACAUGAAAUGGCCCCAGUGGAGAAGGAUACACUGUGUCGACGGGUUUGCUAUCAUGAAACCGUCAAGGACUCCUCUGACAAGUGACAAACAAAAGGAAAUGGCAGCGCGGUCCAAGAGCAUGGUGCUCGGAGAGUUGUCUCGGGUGUCCAGGCCCUGCUCUCCUCUGGAUCAGGAGAAGGCGCUGAAGGCAGGCUGGCUGAAGAGACAGCGGAGCAUCAUGAAAAACUGGCAGCUGCGUUGGUUUGUCCUGAGGACUGAAGCUCUAUAUUUCUACAAGGACCAGGAUGAAACCAAGGCACAGGGUUGCAUUCCUCUUCAGGGCAGUCAGGUCAAUGAGCUGCCUGCCAAUCAGGACGAGCCUGGUCGCCACCCUUUUGAAAUUGUUCCAGGGGGGAGUGGAGAAAAGGAUCGAACAGGUAUAAGCCACGAAUCAUUCCUGCUGAUGGCUAGCUCUCAGAGUGACAUGGAGGAGUGGGUCAGAGCCAUACGCAGAGUCAUAUGGGCUCCACUCGGAGGAGGUGUCUUUGGGCAGCACUUAGAGGAGACAAUGUUGUACGAGGCCCAGUGUGGCCCUCAGCGGCUGGUCCCUGUGCUGGUCGAACAGUGUGUGUGUUUUAUACGUGAACACGGGCUGGAGGAGGAGGGCCUCUUCAGGGCCCCCGGACAGGCCAAUCAUGUUCGAGAGCUGCAGCAUGCGUUUGACCGUGGCGAGAAGCCAGUGUUUGACAGUACCACAGAUGUCCACACAGUGGCAUCACUGCUAAAGAUGUACAUACGGGAGCUGCCGGAGCCCAUAAUCCCUUUCUCCAAAUACACACAGUUUCUCUCAUGUGCUCAGCUUCUUACCAAGGAUAAAUCAGUGGGUAUUUUAGAGCUGGGAAAACAGGUGAAAUCCCUUCCUCAGGUCAACUACAACCUCCUUAAAUACAUCUGCAAGUUUCUGGACGAGGUUCAAUCUCACUCCAAUGAGAACAAGAUGAGUGUUCAGAAUCUGGCCACUGUGUUUGGACCCAAUAUCCUUCGGGCCAGAGCGGAGGACCCAGCCACCAUGAUGGAGGGAACUUCACAGGUGCAGCACCUGAUGACUGUGCUCAUCAGUGAACACAUCAGACUUUACCAACGGGAGGAGCUGGAAACCGAGACCAAGAUCCCCACACAGCAACAGCAGAGUACUAUCCAACGGUGCAAAGUGGAAUGGCUCUCCCAAGAAGAUACUGACCCCCCACCCUCUUCAGACACAGGCUCCAAAACCCCUAAAGAGAAAGGCCAACCUUCCACCCCAACUACAGAGAGUAAGCCAACUGCACCAAGUCCCAUUACAACCUCGGAGAAGGGCGACGAUGGUCAUAUUGAAGGGAAGGGCAAAAGUAAGACGGAGGAGAAAGUGGAUGGAAAGUCUGACAGCAAAACUGAAGGGAAAGGUGGAAGUGAGGUAGCUGUCAGCCCCAGUAAACAGUCUAAAGCUCUGCCCUCCUGGAGGUGCUCCUUCAAGGGCAGUGUGGCAUCUGGGGGACCAAGGGGGAAAAUAGGGGGGUCAGCAGGGGAUGUGUCAGCAGCUGGUGGGAGCAACUGGCUGAUGAAUGGCCUGUCGUCCCUCCGAGCUCAUAGGCGCACCACCUCAUCAGGUGAAAGACUCAAAGACUCCACUCUGUCUCUGAAGGAUUCAACCCUCUCCCUUAAAGAGACCGCGCUUUCACUUAAGGACUCACAGAGAGACUCUGAUGAAGACUCUCCUCAAACGUCCUUGUCCCACAGAGCCCUCCACCAAUCCCACAGACUGUCUGCCUAUGACAAUGUUGCCCCCUCUAGUCUAAGCCUGCCCACCGACACCUCCUCCAUCUGGACCUCCUUUGAGAUCUCGCUGGCUGAACCAGAGGCAGGCGACAAGGCAGUAAAAUCGGGACAGGGUCAAGAGAGACCCGUAGAGGUGAGGGACAGUACAAAUGCUCUGGACCACAGUGCAAGCGGCACUGAGGAUGAUCUUGCAGGAACAAAUGAAGGUCUCACCAACAUGCUGACUGAACUCAAGCUGGAGCUGAAGAAACAGAGGACGAGCUAUGAAACCUGCAUUCGCAAGUUGGAGGAGUCCUGUUCUAAGUACCAGUCCCAGGUAAACCGCCUUGAGGAGGAGCUGGACCAGGAGAAGAAGAAGUUUCACAUGCUAGAGAUCCGACUCAGGAACUCGGAGCGGGCUCACCAAGACGCAGAGAACCGAAACAUCCUCCUCCAGCAAGAGAUGGAGGAGUUCUUCAAAACCCUUGGAGAUCUGACCACAGGAGCAACACGGACCAACUAGACCAAACCAACCUGCCUUCAUCUGGUCCAUGAGAGGAGGAGGAGCUCCAUUUCUGGGAAGAUCAGCCAGCCCCAAAGCUUUGAAGACCAAAUACCUCUAGUGCAGUACUACUUGCCAUCGUGUCCUCUUAAGUACAGCCGUCUUGUGCCUACACUGACCAGUGCCGGUGCCAAACGAGAACUCCUCUGGACCAAGCAGCUCUGAUUUAACCAUUCCACAAAACCCUGUACAACUACACCCCAUAGAUCAUGUAGCUGAUUAUUUAUUGACUAAAUUCCUCAGCAGAAAAAGCCUAUGUGAGGUGCAGUCUUCCCAUACACACCCUGUUCAUUUCCCCUCAGAACUCUUGAAAGAGACUUUGACAGUAAAAGAAACAACAACGUGAGACAUUAAAAUUCAACUCUUUUAUUUGCUGGAGUUGAAGGUAGACAGUUUCCAUUUCUGAUGUAUAUAAUUAGUCUGUUAGUGAGGCAAUUUCAGAUCCAAAGGCUAAAAUUCACACAACUGGCCUUACCAAAACACAACACAGCAGGUUCACUCUUUGCUGGCAGUGUUUGGCCAAACCAUCAGAAGAGUGCAGCAUCAUCCCAGUAGUGCUCAAUGGCUUUCCAUUCUUUCCUCUGAAUGUACCUGCACUAAAACCAGAUUUGCUCAGAGAAAACUCAUGCGUAUUCUAUCUUUUCUAUUUUUGAGGAGAUGGAGGAGAGGAAAACCACAAAAAAGAGGAAGCCGCAACAGUCAGUUGAAAUGUGGCCCAGAAAGGGUCAGUACAUGCGUCACAAUCCCCAAAGUGCAUUCUGAGAGCUGAUGCUAGGGGUUACUGCCUGGAGUGCCCAACCAUGAAAAGGGCAAAGGGACAGGUUCGGAAUUUGAGCCAUCAAAUACAUCCAAAGGUUAUCAUGGCAGGUAGCAAAUGCCUAUUUCCUGACUCUCAGAAAACAUUCAUACAUCUACAGUAAAAUGUACAGAUCAAUCACUGACUAUACUAAUCUAUGAAUUAUAUUGCACAGAAAACAAAAAAAAUAAACAAAAUGCAUAUAAAUAGUACUUCUGAAUGAAAUGUACAUUACAUACAAUAGACUCCU